AGCCGGGCCGGGCCGGGCCGAGCCGCACCGGGACCGGGCCGGGGCCGGGACGAGGCCGGCUGCGGGAGGAGGCAGCGGCGGGGAGCGGGGCUCGGGCUGGCCGCCCGCCGGCUGCGCCCCGGCCGAGCAUGCGGUGAGCCCCCAGCCCCUAGCCCCCAGCCAGCCGCAGCCCGCAGCCCCCAGCCCGCAGCCCCCGCUCCCAACCCGCCGCCCCCAGCCCCAGCCCGGCCGCCCGGGCGCUCGUCGCAUGGUGCGGGGAUACCCGGUGCCGAUAAUAAAUGAUAGAGGAUACAAUGACUUUGCUGUCUCUGCUGGGUCGGAUCAUGCGUUACUUCUUGCUCAGACCGGAGACCCUGUUCUUGCUGUGCAUCAGCCUGGCCCUGUGGAGUUAUUUCUUCCACACGGAUGAGGUGAAAACCAUCGUGAAGUCCAGCAGGGAUGCGGUGAAGAUGGUGAAGGGCAAGGUGGCCGAGAUCAUGCAGAAUGACAGGCUCGGGGGGCUGGAUGUGCUGGAUGCCGAGUUCUCCAAGACCUGGGAGUUCAAGAGCCACAACGUGGCUGUCUACUCCAUCCAAGGCCGGAGGGAUCACAUGGAGGACAGGUUCGAAGUAAUCACCGACCUGGUGAACAAGACUCACCCCUCCAUCUUCGGGAUAUUUGAUGGGCACGGAGGAGAGUCAGCAGCAGAAUACGUGAAGUCCCGGCUGCCUGAAGUCCUGAAGCAGCAUCUUCAGGACUAUGAGAAGGACAAGGAGAACAGCGUGCUGUCUUACCAAACCAUCCUGGAACAGCAGAUUUUAUCGAUCGAUCGAGAAAUGCUGGAAAAACUGACUGUAUCCUACGAUGAAGCAGGUACGACCUGUCUGAUCGCGCUGCUGUCAGAUAAAGAACUCACGGUGGCCAACGUCGGCGACUCGCGGGGAGUGCUGUGUGACAAGGACGGGAACGCCAUCCCCUUGUCCCACGACCACAAGCCCUACCAGCUGAAAGAGAGGAAGAGGAUUAAAAGAGCUGGUGGAUUCAUCAGCUUUAAUGGCUCCUGGCGUGUUCAGGGGAUCCUGGCCAUGUCCCGCUCGCUGGGGGAUUACCCCCUGAAGAACCUGAAUGUUGUCAUUCCUGACCCCGACAUCCUCACUUUUGACCUGGACAAACUGCAGCCAGAGUUCAUGAUCCUGGCAUCCGACGGUCUGUGGGAUGCUUUCAGCAACGAGGAGGCUGUCCGAUUCAUCAAGGAACGCUUGGAUGAACCACACUUUGGGGCAAAGAGUAUAGUUCUACAGUCCUUUUACAGAGGAUGCCCUGAUAAUAUAACAGUGAUGGUGGUGAAGUUCAGGAAUAGCAGCAAAACGGAAGAACAAUAAUUCGCAGUGGUUCUCUGCCUCACGCGGAACUUAAAACGAACUCUGACAUUUUAAACAUAGUGGAAGGCUCUAGUAAAUACCAUCAAGAUUCUCCACGAAAAGAACAGAUCCCUCUGGUCUUUGUUCUUUGCUUAACAGAAGGAGCAAUACAACAACCACGUUUUGAGUGAUCAUAAGAAUUAAGUUUGUUCACACCUAUCUCUCCUGUGACCUCGCUGCUCCUUAGAAGCUGACCGUAAUCUUCCAUUUCGGAAUUUUCUUUAGAAAUCCUGCGUAUGCUUUUCGCUUGAUUUUUUACCUCUCAUUUCUAAGAGGUUUGUUGAGAUGCGCAGCAGGGCAGCGCGGCUGCUAAUAGCGGGUGGUGGGAGUGAUGUCGCUUUUCACUUGUAGGUGUGACUUUCCAGAACGAUGCUCUAAUGUCUCUCAUCUCUUUUCUUUUUUAAUCUGCAGUGCUAAGGUUGUGUUGGAGGUCUGUGAUUGUCGGGCUGUUACUGGUACAAGGAGGACGAGCAGCCAGCUCUCAGCCUGCUGUCACACAGCUGGCUCACGCUUUGCCCCCCUCCCACCCCCCGUUAAAUAAACCCCUGCCGAGCACGUGGCUCGGUAUUGGCACUGAGCUACCCGGAGACACGUCCUUGUUCCGUCCAUGCGUUGCUUUCCUCGCGUUUCUUCUCUGCCGUAGUGUCAAACUCCAGCAGGAUACUGGCGGUCUGAGGUCUGUCACCUUCUCUAUCAAAAA